AUGAAGGAGGAGCACGAGCGCGAGAGAAACAGAUGGCAGACGAAAAUCGACGAGAUCGAGCAGCGGCUGGUGGACAGUGAGACGCUCAAUUCGGAUAUGAACGCCAUCAAAGCCGAGCUGAACAAAAAGAUUGUCGAGAUGGAGAAGAGCACACGGCCGUUGAGUGAUCAGAACAGGAAACUUUGUGAAAGAAAUAAAGCCCUACAAACGGACAUCAAAAAGUUUGAGAAGGAAAUGUCUGAAGUCCGGGAUGAGCUGUUGACGCUGAAAGACCAGCACGAGCGCGUUGUCAAAGAAAAUCGACAACUACAUGAAAAACGCAUCGAAAUGCUGGAGGAUCUACAGGAGCGCCUCACACAGCAACAGAACAAAAUCUUCGAGCUCGAGGAGACGGUCGACAGAUUAAGGAACCAGUUGGCCGACACCCAAGAAGAGAACGAGCUUCUCGAGUUUCAGCGCAUCGAGAAGGAGAUCGAGAUCGAGACCAUUAAUAGCACCCUCGACAAAUCGGAGCUGAAAACACGGCUUUCCGAGAUGCGCAACAGCAAAAAUCUUCCCAUCGAGCAGCGAAAAGCCAUGGCAAAUGCGCUGGCGUAUUUGGAAUCGUUGGAAAACUCCCAGCAAAGCAACGUGUCUCAAACAAAAGAUUGGGCCGAUCGUGAGGAGCAAUAUAUUGAUCGUAUCGAAAAGUUGCAGGAAGAAGUCGACUCAGUUCAGCAAAAGAAGAAACAAGCGAUAAGCAUGGAGAUCCAGCUGUCCGAGAUGAAACAAACGACGCUAGAGCUGGAGCGGGCCAAGCAGACGCAAAUCAAAGAAAUGGACAAGCUUCGUUUCGUGCUCCAACAAAAAGAGGAGCAACUUGCGAAGAAGAGCCUUCCCGAUGCUGAUGGGGCAGAGGCGCAGAAGCUUCGAGAAGAAGUUCGCCGGCUUGAAAUUGAAGUCGAAAAGCUCCGGAACGAGCAGAGACCGGCCAUCAGGACGGAUCUGGAGCGGCGAUAUGAGGAGACGAAAUACCGGCUGCACGCCGCCCUGGAGAAGUGCAGCCAGUUUGAGAUCUUUGUCGAAGCCGCCAAAAAAACGCGAGAACAAAGAACGUACAACGAGCAUCUGGAGCGCCAAUUCCAGGCCCAGACCGAGAUCAUUGACGCGCUGAAGCACAAGAUUAUCCAGAACCGACUAUUCGGAGCACUGGUCGCAAAAUGCGAGAAGCUGAGCCUUGGCGAAUGUGAGAGGGAAAUCUUCCGCCUGGAGGCCGAUCACCCGGAAGAUCGAGAUCUUAUCAAGGGGUGUCAGGCGUUGCGCAGGGUUUUAAAGAAAACCCCGUACGCCCAAGGAAAUUCACCGCUGCAAAUCGCCACCCAUUCCAAGGUGCGCCCUUCCAACUCCACCGAUUCCUCCGGCUGUCUAUCCGCCGGCAGUGAUGGUAUGGGAUCACCGGGCACCGAGAGGGCUUCUGACGAGGAAUGGCCACACCAUGGCACGAAGACCCUAUCAACAUGUGACCGUAGUAUUUCCGCU